AUGGACAUUCCAGUUGAGGAUUACCCAAUGUUGAGAUUAAUUGGUUCAUGUAAUGGAUUUAUUGGUUUGAUGACUAAUAUAUAUGAUAUAAAUACUUCAGUUUACAUUAGUAAUCCUCUUUUGGGUCAUCGUGAAGUAUUAGAAUUGGAGGUUUAUACUCUUAGAGUUGAUGAGAAAUGGAGAAAUUUGGGCCAAGUUCCAUGUCCUGUAUGGCAUGAUUUUGGACAGGUUUGUGUGAAUGGGGCUCUUCAUUGGAUGGAUCCCGUCGAUAAGGACAGCAUUUACUCCUUCGAUAUUGAGACUGAAAAGCUCAAGUCUGUGCCAGGUCCACCUGGUCUGGUAUUUCCGUUCAAGCUUUUGACCCAAGCAGAGUCGCAGCGAUCUACGUGUGCACCCUCGUGUUUGACGCUAGUAGAGUUGGGGAAUUGUCUGUGUUUAACUGACGAUAGUGGUAGCAUUUAUGGGCAUAUUGAUAUAUGGUGGAUGAAAGAAUAUGGAAUAGCUGAAUCUUGGACUAAAGUUCGCAUUUUGACUUGUUUGGGGCCGGCUGGUUUUGGGCUUGAUAUUUGUUUUCAAAAGUAUUUGCCGAUACUAAUCUGGAAAGAUGGAGAAAUCUUGAUGCAAGGAAAAAAAGGCUCACAGCUACUUUCUUACAACCCAAAAGACAUGACUUUUACGAUGAUCCCCAUUAGCAGGGGUAUUGGAACUAUAGCGACUAGAUAUCUUCCAAGUUUUUACUCACUCAAGACUCUCGUGAGGGACAACUUUCAAAGUCUCAAAUGUUUAUCUGAAUGA